CUAUGAUCUACACUACACUAAUCCUUUUUACCGCAUAUUAAAUAGUGAAGAGAACUGGAUGUUAUUUUGAUUAAGGUACGAUACAGAGCUCUGGUGGCCUCCUCCUUUCCCAAGGCCUUCCACGCUCCAGCAGCACGCUGUCUUGAUGCAGCGCCAACGGACUCAGCCUGCGCCUGACGCUGGAGCGCGACGUCAGAGCAAAUCGCCGGCUUAUCGAAGGGGGGAGCGCUGACUCUGACCAGCUUCCUAGAAUGUCCAGGCUGAGAAAACGCAGUGAGAAGAAAAGAAAGCUGAAAUCUGAUAAACCAGUAAAGGAUCUUGAGAUGGAUAAUAGGCUAAUGACGCCUUCCACUGAGUUUGAGGAAGUUGCUAUUUACUUUUCUGAGGAAGAAUGGGGAUUUUUAGAAGAAGGACAGAAGAAGCUUUAUAAAGAAGUAAUGAUGGAGAAUUAUGAGACCAUAAAUUCAUUGGGAAAUCUUGAAAACAAACCAAAUCUCAUAUCAAGUAUUGAGCGUGGCGAGAAUCCGUGUUUAAAGCAUUUUCAAGUUAAUGACGAAAAUGACGCAAUAUCUGGCUUUGAUGCCUCCCUGUUUAUACCUGAAAGGUGGGCUUUUGAGGAUAUACAAAUGUAUCAAGUAUGUGAAAAGGAAAGUAAAUUGGUUCAGAAAUCAACAUCGUUUCAUAAUGCAGAUGUAACCACUUUACGUCAGUAUAAUCUUCGUAAACGUGGAUCAGUUGAAUACUCCACCUUUUUCGAUGAUGAGAUAACUGAAAAAAGAGAAUUGAAGCCUAAUAAGAAACUUCUAUCCAGUAAGCUUCACAAAUCCUAUUUGAAAACUAGGAGUAAAAAAUACACAACCAAUUUUAACAACCAUUCUCCACAGAAAAGUGAAGGACCUUAUACUUGUUCUGAAUGUGGUAAAAACUACAGUGAUAAAGCUUAUCUGGUUAAACACCAGAGGAUGCAUACUGGGGUUUCUCUCUUUAAGUGCUCAUGGUGUUGUAAAUGCUUCACCCAACGUGCAAGUCUAAGCAGGCAUGAAAGAACUCAUGCAAUGGAGAGACCUAUUGAGUGUGAGGACUGUGGAAAAUGUUUUACUGAUACAUCCACGUUAUCCAAACAUCAGAGAAUUCACACUGGCGAAAAACCAUAUAAAUGUUCAGAAUGUGGAAAAACCUUUAGCAUUACCACAUAUCUAAUAGUACACCAACGAACACACACUGGUGAAAAGCCCUAUGAAUGCAAAAACUGUGGGAAAUGCUUUGCUCAGAGUUCACAUCUUGUUACACACCAAAGAACACACACCGGAGAAAAGCCAUAUGCUUGUAUUGAAUGUGGCAAAAGCUUUACAUCCAGUUCCCAUCUUACCACACACCAGAGAACUCACACAGGAGAGAGGCCUUACACUUGUGUUGAGUGUGGUAGAUCAUUUAACCAUAGUACACAUCUUGUUCUUCACAGAAGAACACACACAGGAGAAAGACCUUUUAAGUGUGCUCAUUGUCCAAAAACAUUUGCACAGAGGCCACAGCUUCUCAAACAUCAGCAGAAGUCACAUUCAUAGUCUGGGAAAGUGUUCCUGUUUGCUCAUUUGAAUUAGAUUGUAUUUUGAAGUUAACAGAACUAGCUUUACAUUAGAAUAAUGAAAAGCAAACCCACAAGGGCUCAGUAUAUAAUUUAAAAUAUAUAAUUUUAAAACCGCCAACAACAAAAGGUAUUUUUUGUAAGUUCCUCAACCUAACAAGAUUUCUUUCAUAUAGGUGGCAAGAGUCCACAAGCUAGUUAAUGAUGGGAUAUACAUUCCUACCAGGAGGGGGAAAAGUUUCCCAAACCUCAAAUGCCUAUAAAUACACCUCCCACCUCACUCAUACCUCAGUUUUAAAAACUUUGCCUCCAUAGGAGGUGGUGAAGCAUGAUGGGCUCUAUCUUAAAUGAAAGGCUCUUAUAAGCAUAUUGAAUCCCAGUUUCUCUCUAAGGGCAGUGUUUUCUGAGGUAUGUGAAGGCAGUAUUGCCUGAUGAUACCAUGUUUUCACCUAUGGGAAAGCUUUUCAUAAAGCUCUGUAAAUCGGUCGCAGGGAUUCAUCUACUGCCUCCCUUUAUAGAUCGACAAUAUACUCUUGUACCAUUACCUCUGCUGAUAUGUUUUAGUACUGGUUUGGCUGUCUGCUAUAUGUGGAUGGGUGUCUUACACGGUAAGUAUAUACUUUUAUUAUAUAAGACACUCUCAGCUAUGGAUUGGCACUUUUUAAGUAAAGUUGUUAUAUAUUGUUUGUAUACAUGCCUUGAGUCAGUAAUUCAGUGCUCUUUUUUAGCGACUUUAUUUGUGGCUAAAUAUUUGUCAAGGUUGGUAAAGUCUGUGAAACAUACAGAAUUUUUUUGGGAGCUAGUAAUUUAUUUAUAAAUAAGGAUGCUAAGUAUUAUGUUAGUCUCAUGGAAUGUUGAUAAUCCCAUUUUAUGCAGCUAUAAUAGAAGUAUCCAUUAGGCUUUAUUUAGGUACAUUUUGUAUUUACAAUCAAAAUUCUUAACUGCUCUUUAGAGUGAUGGGUGUAUUAGAAAUCCACUACAGCUUUUCAUGUCACGUGCAUGUGAUGAUGCUAUUUAUGUCAUAGCGUGACGUUUCAUGUUUCAUCAUUUUGCGCCGGGUUUUUUUUGGUGCCAAAAAUUAAACUCCGCCCCCAGCUCAUUCAGUUUUCUCAGAAAACACUUAGAGAGCUUUCAUGCAGCAUUUUAUGAAUCCGUUUUCUUUUUCUUUUUUUUUAUAUAAAUUUUCGCUUUGUUUCCCAUUCUCUCAAGCCUGUUAUAUAUAUAUUAUAUAGGAGCAUGGAUAUAAAUUUGUGGAAUUUAAUUUAUUUUUUCAAAUUUUGUUUUUUGCAACAAUGUCUCAAACUGAACCUGCCUCUGGUUACCAUAGGAUUUGAGCUGCCUGAACACGUAUCUGCCAAAGCUAAGUUUGUUUGUUGUAAUAAAGCUGAUCUAAAUUCUUCAGCUCAAUUAUGUGGCUCUUGUUUUGACAAAUUGUUAAAUACUGAUAAUAUAUCUAUGAGUACAAAUACACCCACUAUUAUUCCAUCGCAGUUUAAUGUACAUAGCAUUACUGCAGAAAUGAAAGAUUUUAUUGUUGCCGCUAUAGAGAAGGCAAUGACUGCUAUUCCGCCUUCAAAUAAACUUAAAAGGGGUUUGCAACAUUUUCCUAAAUCUAGUGAAUUAAGUUCUGACCUUCAGCAUACUGAUGUAUCCUCUACUGAUGGAGUUUCCUCUUAUUCAGAGGAUGCCACGUCAGAGACAGAUAUAGACAAAUCCUUUUUUUAUUUAUGAUCGUUUAUAUUUGUUCUCUCUUGAAGGAAGUUUUGUUUACUUUGGGUAUUGAGGAGUCUAAACCUCCUGAUAAUAAAGCUAGUAAUCAUCUAAAAUCUGUAUUUAAAACUACUUUUUUUACUCCUGAAGUAUUUUCUAUUCCUGACGCUAUCACUAAUGUGAUUGCUAAAGAAUGGUCUAAGCCUGGUACCUCUUUUAACACUUCUAGGUUUAAGAAAUGCUAUCCUUUACCUGUAGCCAAUUUAGAACUUUGGGAAGUUCAUGGGACAAUUUCCACUCUUGCGAAACAUACUACUAUUCCUAUGGAAGACAGUACUUCUUUUAAGGAUCCUUUAGAUAGGAAGCUUGAAACUUAUCUAAGAAGGGCAUAUUUACAUACUGGCUAUAUUCUUAGACCUGUUAUGUCUCUGGCUGCAGCUGCUUCUACUUUUUGGUUGGACAGUUUAGCACAGCAGUUGUCUUCAGAUUCUGAGUUAUCUAACAUUAUUGUUUUACUUCAACAUACAAAUCAUUUUAUUUGUGAUGCUAUUUUUGAUGUUAUGACGAUCAAUGUCAAAUCCAUGUCUUUAGCCACUCUAACUAGAAGAGCUUUAUGGCUUAAAUCUUGGAAUGCUGACAUGGUGUCUAAAACUAGAUUACUAUCUCUCUCUUUUCAAGGUAAAAAUCUUAUUGGUUCACAAUUGGAUUCUAUUAACUCCACUGUUACUGGGAGUAAGGGAGUUUUUCUGCCCCAUGAAAAGAAAUCUAAGGAUAAAUUUAAAGCUCCCAAUAAUUUUUGUUCCUUUCGUCAGAAUAGAGAACAGAAAACCACUUCUUUCCUCUGGUUUUAAUUGGCGACCAUCUCCGAAUUGGAAUAAAUCUAAGCCUUAUAAAAAACCAAAUCCUGCCCCUAAACCUACAUGAAGGUGCGGCCCUCAAGUCAGUUCUUCUGGUAGGGGGCAGACUAAAGCUAUUUCAAAGAGUUUGCACAGACGAAUAGGGUAUCGAAUAGGAUUCAGAAUAAGACCUCCUUUGGGAAGAUUCUUUUUUUACCCAUGUACCAAAAAACCUAGUAAAAGCUUGAGCCUCUCUGAAAUAUGUUUCAGAGCUAGAACUUUCAGGGGUAAUUAUCCCAGUUCCACAGCAGGAACAAGGAUUGGGGUUUUUAUACUAAUAUAUUCAUUGUACCAAAGAAGGAAAAUUCUUUCAGACCAAUUUUUGAUCUAAAAACUUUAAAUAGUUUGAUAGUGACUAUAAGGACUAUUCUGCCUUUUGUUCAGCAAGGUAACUUCAUGUCCAUAAUAGACUUAGAGAUGCUUACCCCUUCACAAUCCGAUUCAUCCAGAUCACUAUUGAUUUCUGAGAUUCUCUUUUCUAAACAAGCAUUACCAAUUUGUCGCUAUUCCGUUUGGCCUUGCAACAGCACCAAUAAUAUUCUCAAUAGUUCUAGGUGCCCUUCUAUCUGUAAUCAGAGGGCAGGGUAUUGUGUUUUCUUAUUUGGACGAUAUCUUGGUACUAGCUCAAUCUUUUCAUUUAGCAGAAUCUCACACAAAGCAAUUUCUGUUGUUUCUUCAAAGACAAGUUUGGAGGAUCAAUUUUAUUAAAGAGUUUCUUGAUUUCUCAGACAAAGGUCACCUUUUUAGGUUUCCAGAUAGAUUCAGUGUUCAUGACUCUAUCCAUAACAGAAAAGAGACUUUUCAGAUUGGUUUCAGCUUGUCUAAACCUUCAGUCUCUUAUUUCCUUCAGUGGCUAUGUGCAUGGAAGUUUUAGGUCUCAUGUUUGCAACAUCGGACGCGAUCCCUUUUGCUUGUUUUCAUAUGAGACCUCUACAGCUUUGCAUGUUGCACCAAUGGUCCAAGUAUUAUAUCAAGAUAUCAUAACUGAUAUACUUAAAUCCUAACAAUCAUCUUAUUGUUCAAGGGGCCUACUUUGUUCUUUUACUCCUACUUUUAUGCUUUUACUCCUUAUACACCUCACUAACUUGGCUAUACGUUAAACUGAGAUAUGAGUGAGAUGGGAGGUGUAUUUAUAGGCAUUUAAUGUACUGUAUAUCCCAUCAGUAACUAGCUCAUGGACUCUCGUCACCAUGAAAUAAAUUAAUUUAUCAGGUAAAUUCUUACAUAAAUUAUGUUUUGUAUAUUGUAAUUUUUCACCAGCAGCUUUUUAUUGUCUUAAAAUCAAAACCUACUUUCCAAAAGAGUGCUUCAGGUGUUUAAGACUUGCAUUCUUCUUCCAUGUUGCUGUUAAAUGCAGAUGGCCGGGAUAUAGGUAGUAUAUCAUUUCCAGAUAUUGAUGAACUUGUAAACUGACAAAGCCUUUCUUUUCUAUGGAAAACUAACAUGUAUAUCUAGACUUCUUUAUUAAAGGAAAUAUUAAAAUGCUGCUUUCAAGAUUAAACUUGUGAUUGGGUAAAAACAGAUUUUGAAAUAAACUUUUAGAUACAACAUCAAAA